AUGCUUGACGAUAUGAGGGUCAUCACACAGGAUAUUUCAUGUGGUUUUGAUGACUUGCAAGCUGUUGUGGCAGAUAUAUCAUCAGCCAGUUUUGACAAGCUCGAAGAUCCCCGCCCUGGUUAUCGAGGAAUCCAGCUCACCUCAGAAUCAUUUGUUCUCGCAGGCUUAUCGGUAACUAAGAAGACGGUUUUUCAUUGGGUUAUCAGUCGGCAACUAGGCCUUUUGAGGCCAGAGAGUACACAAACUUGUCACACACUUCGACCUAUGGAUCUGAAUGGCCGUUUAUCAGUCAGUUCAUCGUCUUUCCACAGAGUACGCGGGCCAUUCAAUGUUAGAGGUAGAUGGUACUCCAUACAAGCUCAGAGGAAGAUAGCGAAGGACUUCUUGGAGAGCUUCAUUAAAUGGACUACUUCAGCCGGCCCCCCUGGCGGAUCACCUAUUCUCGAUCCGGCGACACUGAAGUGUAGUAGCGAAGAGCUGGAGCGUAUAUUCACGGAAGUUAAUAUGGGUUUCGAUAUUGCGAAAUACAUUGGUGCCACUCGAUGGGCUGACUACUUUCUUCAUUAUUCGCAUUUGCUUGAAACUGAGUAUGCGAAGCGACAUGGCUUUUCAGAGAUUCUGAAACAAGCGUACAUCAUUGCUAAAACAAUGGCAAGCUGCAAAAAGAAUUGCUAG